AUGGAUCCUGAUGCUGCCUUACAAUCUAUGGCAACUCUGACGUUGGCUGAUCUGGAGGAUGAGGAUGAGAUCAGACAUGUCGGUAAUGUCCAAGUUAGAGCGUCAACUGGUGAAAAGGAGUUUUAUGCUAUCAGACGUCUGUUAACAAAUAAAACUACCAAGUUCGCUUUCUUCAGGGAUACGAUGACAUCUGUUUGGCAACCGGCAAUGGGUAUGAAUGUCAAGGAAUUAUUGCCGGGUCGUUACCUUUUCCGGUUUUACCAUGAGAGUGAUAUCUCUCGCAUCAUUGAGGAUGGUCCUUGGGCCUUCGAGCAGAAUCUAUUGAUUCUAAAACGCAUAAGUGGGGAUGAAGAUUCAGAGUUAGUUCCAUUAGACAACACUGACUUUUGGAUCCAAGUUCAUGGACUUCCGGCGGGACUCCGACCUGAGGCAGUUCUUGAAGCAAUUGGUGGUUUUAUAGGCAGAGUGACAAAGUUGGAUGAACGCAACUUUGAUGGUGCCAUGCGUGUGUUCUUUAGAGUCAAGGUUGAGAUUGAUGUUUAA